UUAGUUGCUAUUACAAUUGCAAAAAGUAUUCAAGAACUGGCGUAAACACGAUGAAAAUGUAAAUCAUAAUUUGCUUGGAGUUGCUGCAAUUCCCUUUUGGAGUACCGCGCAUGCGCAGUGGUCCCCUGUACCUUAUAAAUUUUUAAUGGCAAUGGCUGCGUUUCUCAUCUAAACAUCUCAUGCGAAACAACAAACCUAUAAAUACGACAUUUCUUUGCACCUCUGACAAAAGGCGUUAUCGAUUUAGUAAUAGUAAUCGAUCGAUUGUGAUCUACGAAAAAUGGAUCGGCUGUAGAAUUUGAAGAUAGAAGAUCUGUCAUUUUUAACCCUUUGCAUUCCAUGAUCCACAAACAAUCGAGCAGAAGAUGAUACGUCAGGUGACCAACAACAAUGACUAUUGCAUGAGUGGCAGGCCGUCAUGCCUGGCAGAGGAUGGCCGACACCCCACCAGUCACUUUGACCUAUGCACUGCCCAGUCCAACAAGUUCUACCAAGCUCCCCCGCCCCCUCCCUUGCAAAUGACCUUGCCCCCUCUGCCCCUGCCACCCCAGAACAACCUGAAACCCAUGCCUUGUCAGAGGCAGAAUGGCCUCAGUGAACCUCACCCCCAGGCUGUUGGAAUUACGAACAAUGAAAAGCCAGAGGACUCCAAGAAAAAGAAAAACCCGGGGAGGUCUGGAAGGAGAGGAAGACCUUCGGGGACCACUAAAUCGGCAGGUUACAGGACCAGCACAGGGAGGCCUCUAGGAACCACCAAGGCUGCCGGGUUCAAGACCAGCCCAGGGAGGCCCCUGGGAACGACCAAGGCAGCGGGAUAUAAGGUCAGCCCUGGUAGGCCCCCUGGCAGUAUCAAGACCCUGUCUCGCCUCAACAAACUAGGCUAUGGUACAUGUAGCGCCGCAGCAUUCCCCUACACUAUGAUGAACAAAGGCAGCCUCUGCGAACCCUCGUGCAAGGAAAAGGAGACCAACGAGUAAAGUCCUACUUUUCUCAUGGCUUGUUGGAGAAAUAAAAGGCUGCAUGUCCUAAGUGCUGUCAAAUAGAGGGGUUGUUUGUACCGUUUCCCUGGUUGAGUGUACAGAUGUACUAUUACUGGCAUGUGCCUCUUCAGUGUGCAUGCUUCUAUCCAAACCGGAUUUCUUUGUAAUAUAGAGUAUAGCUUAUACACUACACUGAGUGGACAAAACAUAAGGAACACCUUCCUAAUAUUGAGUCCCCCCCCCUUUGCCCUCAAUUCAUCAGUGCAUGGACUCUACAAGGUGUCGAAAGCGUGGCCCAUGUUGACUCCAAUGCUUCCCACAGUUGUGUCAAGUUGGCUGGAUGUCCUUUGGGUGGUGGACCAUUCUUGAUACACACAGGAAACUGUUGAAUGUGGAAAAACAUAGCAGCUUUGCAGUUCUUGAUUACAAACCGGUGUGCCUGGCACCUACUACCAUACCCCGUUCAAAGGCACUUUGUCUUGGCCUUUCACCCUCUGAAUGGCACGCACACAUACACAAUCCAUGUCUCAAUUGUCUUUAAAAGUCUUUAAAGGACUUUAAAAUCCUUCUUUCAACUGUCUCCUCCCAUUCAUCUACACUGAUUUCAAGUGGAUUUAACAAGUGACACCAAUAAGGGAUCAUAGCUUUCACCUGGUCAGUCUAGGUAAUGGAAAGAGCAAGUGUUCUUAAUGUCUUUUAAUUUUUUUAUUCUCAGUGUAUGUGAUAUAGGUAUAGCAUAUACAUUAUGUGAUGAAGAAAUGUGGGUGUACAAUACACUAGAGUAGUUAUUGUUUGACAUGAGAAAGUAAACACAUUCUUUUCCACUGAACUUCCUCCACAGAACUGUAAUUCACCUAAAAGGAUUCCUGUUAAUCCAAUCUCUAUGGUUUGCAGUGUCUUUUCUCAAUUAACUAAUACAGUAUGAAUUUUAUGCUGAUGUUAACAGUAAAAAAAAAUAAAAAACAGAACUAUCCCUUAAUUGGGAUGUUACGAGUCUACACAAAUUAAUUUGAAUUUGAACAUGGGGAAUUUGAACAUUGUUGAUACAAAUCACAGCAGAUGGUCAGUCUUUGUUGUUACUGUCAGAAUGGCUACGUAUUGAGGCUGUCCUACUAUGAAAUCUCUGUAGAUAGUUUUAUACUGUGAAAUGGCUAUUGUUUUUAAAUCAACAGAUCCUGAAGGUGCUAUGUAUCUCAGAAUGUAUUGACAUGGUUUCUAUUACGGCUGCAGAGCAAACUAUUGUUUCAUAUGAACCACUCUAUUAAUAGGUCUUACACGUGACUAACAUGGCCUGGGGGUGUGUUCAGCAGGACGUUGUGCAACGUUCAGAUAGAAAAACAGCAUGUAGAACAAACACGCCUCUCUGACACGUAGAAUAAGGCAUUGUGUCAGCUCUUGUUUCUAUCUGCUAGGUUCCAGAACGUUUUAUUUCUAUCUGCUAGGUUCCAGAACGUUUUAUUUCGAUCUGCUAGGUUCCAGAACAUUUUAUUUCGAUCUGCUAGGUUCCAGAACGUUUUAUUUCUAUCUGCUAGGUCCCAGAACGUUUUAUUUCUAUCUGCUAGGUUCCAGAACGUUUUGACUACUGAAUGUGACCUGUUGCUGGUGUCACAGUGGUGUCUGUAUGUGUUGGUCCAGUACUACACCAAAUAUACCAGCACAAUUCCUCACAGGAAGAGAUCCUCCAGUCCGUUUCAUUGGGUUCCCUUCGUACUGAAACACAACAUUUUACACCAUUUUAAUUAUUAUUUUCCUUAUAAUUUGAAUAUCAGACAAUCAGCAACUAGUGUCUCCAUAGGUGGGUGCGGAGUGUUGUUUACCUGUUAAAUUGGAAUUAUUGAUCGUUUUUGAUAGCUAUGAUGAAUACACAUCAAUAUAGUACAUGUCACUGUAAUCCCAAUUACAUAUUUACAUUACCAUGCAUUUAAAAUAAUAGAGGCAUACUUGCUUCGUAAGUUGUUUUUUUUGUGCUGUGAUUUCUGAGGGGAACCCAUGGGAUGUUUUGGAGAAUCAAGGUAUUUUUGAGUAGGGGAUAUUUUUGGGAGGGGGGGGGACUUCUUAUGGGAAUGGCUGGGUUAUUGUGUUUGGUAAAUACCUGCAACAUUUCCUCUAACUUGGUCUUUUUCCCCUGUUUUACCUCAGAGUAAAGGAUGGUGUCAGCUGUCCUGUGUGGUCAAUUGUCAGUGCAAUGUUUUGUGUUAUGAUUUAUUCUCUAUCACCAUCUUGAAGAAGAAGAAUAAUAACGUGUAUAGUGCUUUUCAAUACAAGAAACACAUUGCUUCACAUUAUAAAAUAAUACUAUUCUUUCGAUUCAAAUACGAUCAUGUUUAUUAUUGAAUUGUGUAGAGAACUCGAGGCCUUCUCAUUGAAGACCCACACAAUAAUUUAUGCUUUGUCCAUUGGAGAGAUUAGUUGCAUUUGGAUGUAAAAUAAAUUAUUCAUUUUUUAUUGAAUAAUGAUGACAUAGGGUUCAAAUCAAUCUACAGUGUUGUAUCAUCUUAACCAAAGAAUCAGAUGUUUUCUCUCUUCCAGUUUGAGAUGUUUAAGUAAAUACAUGCUAGAGUAGCCCAUAACAACUAAUCAGAUAUUUUGAACAAAUAUAAAAAUGAAUCAUCUUAACAUAUAACAUUCUGUAACUUGUAUUUGGGAGAGAAAGAAAAAAAAAACAUGUAUUUAAAUCUGCUAUAUCUACUACAGGUAUAAUCAAUACAAUUGCUACUCAAUUUCGGUUUGAAGUUGUAUACAGUAUGUACCCUUGCGCAUCAAAGUUAUAUGCAUUAUAGUUUUUGAACACAGAAACAAUAGUUGCGUAUCUUGUCAAAAAGCGAAGAGCUUUUCAUUUUGCAUUGCAAUACAUUCAAAAGCCUUUUACGUAGUGCUUAUGUAGCAAUGUUUUAUAUGACAUAUUACAUCCACUGUUUAUUGCCAUACAGUAUUCACAAUAUUAUAAUGUUCUACUGUGUCAUUACAUGUAUUGUAACAUGCCAUUCUCUUUACUGCGAUGGGUUAGGUAUUGACAUUAUAAAAACUAAUGUUUGGAAAGAAAUAUAAAUAUAUUAGUUCAAGUUUAACAUGUUAUUUUAUGGUAUAACGGGGGGGGGGGGGGGGGGGGAUUGUACAUUCUGCUUUGGUGUUUUGUGAAUAUUCUUGUUAUUCAUACAUAGGUUACACCCAUGUCUACAUAAGUGCUGGUUACAUAAGAGUAUACUUGAUUUCUAUACCAGAGUCCUCUAUUUGAGAUACUUGCUUCAUCACUCUGCUUGAAAUAUGUUUGUGAAACACAAAGCAUUUUAUCCACGUGGGUAUUCAUUUUAUUGCAUUCUGUCUGCAUCAAAUGUAAUAAUGCAUUUAUAACAUUGAGUUAGUUGCACUUCAGUUAGAGGACAUUUUGAACAUUUAUCCUGUCAACCAUUAAUCUUGUAUAUUUAUCUGAACCUUUAUCUUGUAUCAUUAGAGGCAAUCAUUUACUUGUAAUUACUUAGGCCUAUCACUGCAUCCAAUCAGUCAAAAAUAUGAAACUGAAAAAAAAACAUGAAUGGCUGGGAAGAUUUGUUUAACCCAUUUUGGAAAUUGAUGAUCAUUAUUAAUCAUUUCUAUGUCAAACUGUUUACAUGGGGUUAUCUUUUACUGUCCCCCCCCCGCCACAGUUUCUGCUAGAUACCCGUGGCUCUGUUGCAAUAUCUUCUAGCAACUUAUUGCGACGACAAACUUCCUUCUCAGAACGUUUUAUUUCCUUCUCAGAACGUUUUAUUUCCUUCUCAGAACGUUUUAUUUCCUUCUCAGAACAUUUUAUUUCCUUCUCAGAACGUUUUAUUUCCUUCUCCAGAACAUUUUAUUUCCUUCUCAGAACGUUUUAUUUCCUUCUCAGAACGUUUUAUUUCCUUCUCAGAACAUGUUAUUUCCUUCUCAGAACAUUUUAUUUCCUUCUCAGAACGUUUUAUUUCCUUCUCAGAACAUUCAAGUAUUUAUUUCAAUGGAAUUGUAAGGCCCAUGCUACGAACACGUUGUAAUCACUAUGAUAGGAAUUUGUAUUAAUUGUUUUACUAUCCCUGCAUGAUUGUUGAGUGUUGAAAGUUGUGUAAUAAACUAAUUAUAAAUAUA